GCGACGAGCACGAAGACGCCGACGACUCCCCUGGAAUUCUGGACCGCGUCGACCCUUCGGUGUCGCCGGCGGCAGAGCGUCUUCGUCACAUCCUGGGGGAGGACGACGGGGGGCCCACGCCCACCAUCUUCACCGAGAUGGACACCCUGCAGCAGGAGGGCGGAGAGCUGGAGUGGAAGGAGUCGGCCAGGUGGGUGAAGUUCGAGGAGAAGGUGGAGGAGGGCGGCGAGCGAUGGAGCAAACCUCACGUGUCCACGCUGACCCUGCACAGCCUCUUUGAGCUGCGCACGUGUCUGCAGACCGGAAACAUCCUUCUGGACCUGGAGGCUUACUCGCUCGCGCAGAUUGUCGACGAGAUGGUGGCGCAUCAUAUGGCGGACGGUUUGUUCCCGGAGGACGUGAAGGAGAAGAUCAUCUUUGUGUUGCUGCGUCGACAUCGUCAUCAGACCAAGAAGCCCAUCCAUCGCUCGCUGGCCGACAUCGGAAAGUCUGCGUCAGCGUCGUCGUCGGCCGCGACCUCCAACCGUAGUCCUCAGGCCAACCUGAGUCGUAGCGCUAGCUCCGCCUCCGGCGUCCAUCGCUCCACCGAUGACCUGCGAACGCGACGCUCCGGCAGCCUGGGACGCCUGCAUCACGCACAGAGUCGCAGCAUGAAUGACAUUUCUGAGACGCCCAACUCUGACCAGCUGAAGAACAAAUUCAUGAAGAAGAUUCCCCGCGACGCCGAGGCCUCAAACGUCCUGAUCGGUGAGGUGGACUUUCUGGACAAACCCUUCGUCUCCUUCGUGCGAUUGGCUCAGGCUACGACGCUUGGCGGCCUCACUGAAGUCCCGGUUCCCACCAGGUUCCUCUUCAUCCUGCUGGGUCCUCAUGGCAAGACCAGGUCGUACAACGAAAUCGGCCGCGCCAUCGCCACACUGAUGGUGGAUGACCUGUUCAGCGACGUGGCCUAUAAGGCGAGGGACCGCGAGGACCUGAUCGCCGGCGUGGACGAGUUCCUGGAUGAGGUCAUUGUCCUCCCUCCGGGCGAAUGGGAUCCCAAGAUCCGCAUUGAACCCCCCAAGAAAGUUCCAUCGGCGGAGAUGAGGCAGGAGCUUUGUGCCGUCAAACAAUAACAACGUCAUUGGUCCCGGAUGCAACACUCAAGUGCUUCUUGUUCUGCAACUUUCAGGAAGUCUGUGCUGAACCUGAAUGAGCUGGCCCAGAUGAACGGCUCGGCUGGUGGGGCGGCCGGCGGGGAAGAUGAGCAACUUCCUGUGCAACACGAGGUUGGUGAGGAGCUCAAGUUCACUGGCAGGCUUGGUGGCGGCCUGUGGUUGGACAUUAAGAGGAAGCUGCCGUGGUACUGCAGCGAUAUCUAUGACGGCUUCCACAUCCAGACGGUCUCGGCCGUGCUCUUCAUCUACUUGGGGUGCAUCACCAAUGCCAUCACCUUCGGUGGCCUGCUGGGCGAUGCCACUGACAACUACCAGGGUGUGAUCGAGAGCUUCCUGGGCACAGCACUGGCAGGAACAGUUUUCUGUUUGUUUGGAGGGCAGCCACUCAUCAUCCUCAGCUCCACCGGACCCAUCCUCAUCUUUGAGAAGCUCCUCUACGAGUUCUGCAAAAACAACAGCAUGGACUACAUGGAGUUGCGGCUGUGGAUCGGUAUCCACUCUUGUCUACAGUGCUUUAUCUUGGUUCUGACGGAUGCCAGCUACAUCAUCCAGUACAUGACCCGCUUCACAGAGGAAGGGUUCUCCAGUCUCAUCUCCUUCAUCUUCAUCUCAGACGCCAUAAAAAAGAUGGUGGGUGCCUUCAAGUAUUACCCCAUCAACCGCACCUUCAAGCCCGACUACGUGACGUCCUACAGGUGUGACUGCGUCCCUCCAGACCAGCCUUUCCCUUGGAACGCUUCAGCUCCUCUUGCUGACGACAACAUGUCACUUCUGUUCAAUGUAAGCGAUGUGGACUGGAGUCAGCUGAGCAAGAAGGAGUGCAUGAAGUACGGCGGAGCUCUGGUGGGCCAAGCGUGCAAGUACGUCCCCGACCUGGCGCUCAUGUCCUUCAUCCUGUUCUUCGGGACGUACUCCACGACUGUCACGCUCAAGAAGUUCAAGUUUAGUCGCUACUUCCCCACCAAGCUGCGUCAGUUGAUCAGCGAUUUUUCCAUCAUCGUCACGAUCCUGCUCUUCUGCGGACUGGAUUUGCUGCUGGGACUGGACACUCCCAAACUGCACGUUCCCAUGCAUAUUAAGCUAAGGAAGCUAAUCAGUGAUUUUGCCAUCUUCAUGUCAAUCAUGUCCUUUGUGGCUCUGGAUAUGUUGAUGGGUUUAGACACGCCCAAACUGAUCGUUCCCACUGAGUUGAAGCCCACCCGCGCCGACCGCGGCUGGCUGGUGAUGCCGUUCGGUCGGAACCCGUGGUGGUGGUACCUGGCCAGCUUCGUGCCGGCCCUGCUGGUCACCAUCCUGAUCUUCAUGGACCAGCAGAUCAGUGCCGUCAUCGUCAACCGCAAGGAGAACAAACUUAAGAAAGGUUGCGGGUACCACUUGGACCUGUUCUGGGUAGGCAUCCUGAUGGCGGUGUGCUCCUUCACGGGUCUGCCCUGGUACGUGGCCGCCACCGUCAUCUCUAUCGCGCACAUCGACUCACUCAAGAUGGAGAGCGAGUCCAGCGCCCCCGGGGAGCAGCCCCAGUUCUUGGGGGUUCGCGAGCAGAGGCUGACCGGAACACUCGUCUUCGUCCUCACCGGACUUUCCGUCUUCCUUGCUCCCGUCCUGCAGUACAUCCCCAUGCCGGUGCUUUAUGGCGUCUUCCUGUACAUGGGCGUGGCCUCGCUGAGCGGCAUCCAGUUCUGGGAGCGCAUCAAGUUGUACCUGAUGCCGCCCAAGCACCAGCCGGACUUCGCCUUCCUGCGUCAUGUUCCUCUGCGCCGAGUCCACCUCUUCACCCUGGUACAGAUCACCUGCCUGGCUGUCCUCUGGGUCCUCAAGUCCACCUUCCUGGCUAUCAUCUUCCCUGUGAUGAUCUUGGGUCUGAUGGUGGUGCGGAAGCUUCUGGAUCUGAUGUUUUCCCAGCACGACCUGGCCUGGCUGGACAACAUCCUGCCCGACAGAGAGAAGAAGAAGAAAAAGAAGAAGACGGCGGCCGACACCGAGAGCGACGAGGAGGAUCGAGAGGCGCCGGAGCCUAUCCCAGCCGACUUCGGGCGAAAGGCGAACUGCAGCCAGAACCGGUCGCCGGUCGGUCGCAGGGCGCAUGUAGACACAGUCGACUCUUGGCACUCACGUUCACGUCACUGAGUGGGAACCGAGCCU